AUGUUGGAAAGGAGCAUUGGAGGAAACAGUACUGAGAUUGAGAAGGCAACUGGGUACACUACAGUGUAUGACGGAUUGCUGGGGCUUCACCGGGAGUUGGAAUUGUUUAGGUGCAAGGGUGUGGAGAUCAUCAGUAGAUUUAGUGCGAUCCAGAACGCUAGAUUGGAGACUUUGGAGUCGAGAGUCCGUGAAAUGCAGAUUGUUACAAAGGACUUGAAGGAGUCUAGUGAUUACAUAAAGAAUUUGGUUGAGCUAUCAAUGGGAAAUCUUUGCAAUCACAUUCUGCCUGGACUCAUCAGGAUGAAGGAAGAGUUCUAUGAGGAUCCAAGACAAUUGUUGGCUCAACUAGUACAGUCUGUGGACAAGGUCCCUGCUCCCUUGGCAUUGGAGGGUACCAGCCUCUUUGGGUCAGUAGACACGAGUAACCUAGUAGUGUUUCAAAAUUCUGAAGAACAAAACCGUAUCCUUGCAAGGAUAGAGGGGCUCGAGAAAUAG